CGCCCGGAGCACUGCGCUCGGAAGUUGGAACGACUCAAACCGUUUCUGCAGGGAGGUAUAGGCAGACGAUACGCAAUAAAUCAUCUGACUUACCAUAAGAGUAUUCGAUCCGACUGCUGAUUCGAUCCGACUGCUGAUUCGAUCCGACUGCUGAUUCGAUCCGACUGCUGACAAGGAAUUGGAGAACGCUUUACAGGAGGAAUAGAUUAUGUUGAAGCGAAAGACAUCUCCACCCCCCAUCUCCCCGGAGAGGCCCGUCCGAACCAAGCUCGCGAACCAAGCCUCACUGAACUACUACACAGUAGGCUGGAUAUGCGCCUUGGAGGAAGAAUACGAAUGCGCCUGCCGCAUGCUAGACGAAGAGUAUGCCGGCCCCGAGACGCUUCCAGACGGCGACGACAACACCUACGCCUUCGGUAGAAUCCGAAACCAUGGGGUCGUUGUGAGUUGUCUACCGGCCGGCCGGUACGGUACCGAGUCUUCCUCGCGCGUGGCGAGAGACAUGGUGAGGACGUUUCCACGUCUACGGUUUGCAUUGCUGGUAGGCAUCGGAGGCGGAGCGCCGACAGCGGAGACGGAUAUCCGGCUGGGCGAUGUGGUGGUCAGUACGCCGCAGGGGACACUCGGGGGUGUCAUUCAGUAUGAUCUGGGCAAACGCCUGCCCGACGGUCGGUUCAAGCUGACGGGGCAGUUGAAUGCUCCGCCGGACAAGCUGCUCUCGGUCGUUGGGGAUCUGCUGCGGCGGUAUAAUGAUCCCAGGAAGCCGGAUUUUGUCGCAGAGCAUAUUCGGCUCGUGGAGGAUGUGUCGGGGUAUCAGCGACCGCAGCGGGAUGAUUUGUACCGUGCCGAGUAUCAGCAUGAGGAGGGAAAGGCCUGUGAGGGGUGCGAUGCCACGCAGACUGUGCCGAGGCCACAGCGAAGCAGUCGGCGGGUGAUAGCCGUGCAUCACGGAACGAUUGCAUCGGGGAAUUCCGUGAUCAAGGAUGCCGCCACGCGGGACUUUUACGCCCACAAUCCAGAGCUGAAGGUUCUGUGCUUCGACGGGGAAGCUGCCGGGGUGAUGAAUAACCUGCCUUGCCUGGUCAUUCGUGGCAUUGGGGAUUAUGCGGACUCGCAUGAUAAUGAGCACUGGCGGAAAUAUGCUGCCUUGACCGCUGCGGCGUAUGCACGCGAGCUCCUUCUUUCUCUGAGAUCACGGGCUGUGGAUGUUGUACCGUCGUGGGUUGCCCGGAUCGAGGAUGAAGUGGUGCAAGGUGAGUCGGAGAAUACAUCAAUCGCUGAUGGGCUAUGCUAAGACACACGCGAGCAGUGGCGCGUACAGUUGAGAUGAUAGAUGAGAAGACUGAGGUCCUUUUGCAGAGGAUGAAGCUUCUCGAAGACAGACUCGACCUGGUAGGGCUUCCCAGAGUCAACGGGGCCGUAUUCAAUGAGCAUAUGCACCAAUACAAAGAUGAGUGUCUCGAGGACACUCGCAGUGAUGUUUAUCGUCAGAUCGCGGAGUGAGCAGGAGGUCCCAACGACAAGUCCAUCCUCGGCAGGUGAGGUUAGAGAGGUUGGAGGGGAAGAGCAGGUUCUGACAAACAGAGACCAGUGAGGGGCUGGUGGAAGGAAUUCGCUCUGUUGAAAGAGCCAGUGCUGAUUCUGUAAUACCGCUACCCCAUGUGCCCUU